AUGGCUCAACUUGAAGAGGGAACUUAUUUCGAGAAAGAACGCGACAAACUCUCCAGAGAAAUAACUUCAGGUUUUGAAGAGCUUUUAUCCACCACCAACGGUCUAAAUAGGAAACUCGAAGAGGUGUUAGGAAUGACCAGAGAAUACGAAACUAUAGCUGCCCUUUGGCUAUGCUUUCACGAUCUUAUGAAGCAGUCCGACUUACCUGAAGGCAAUACUACCAUGGAAGAAAAGCCUCCCGGACUACCUGGUACUGGAGGCCAUGUUCUCAAGUGA